AUCUAAUAAUACCCUACCAACGCAAAAAGAUCGAGGAGAUGGAAAUGGAGGGAACAGGGAUAAUAAUAACAGCACAUCACCAAAUCCACAAGAUUUGAGGACGACUGAAUCAAUAGUGUGCAUGAUAAUGCUAAGUUCUCAGACGAAAGAAUUUCCGUGUGAAGAAUGUACGGGUUAUCCAAACGUAUUUUAUAACGUAAGCACAUUUUGUGUCUUAAAAGGCAUUUGGGCGAAUGCCAUAAAUAAGACUUCGUUCGAACAAGAUCUUGGAUGGAUGAAUAAUAGUAGAUUUUGCGAAUGGGGUGGAGUCACUUGUGAUAGCGACAAAAAUAUCAUUAGUUUAAACUUAAAGAACCCAAAUAUUCCCAGCACACUCUCCAACGAUAUGGGAAACCUGGUCACGCUUCAAAAUUUAUCUAUAUCCGGCAAUGGGGCAUUGCCAAAAGAUAAAAUUCCAACAAAAAUUUUUCAAUUGAAAAAUUUAAUUUCGCUGAGCAUCGUUUCGACAGGGCUCACCGGGGGCAUUCCUGAUACCAUCAAUAACAUGCCAUUGAAAUUUUUGUAA